AUGGCUUCAUUCUUGUCCCUCAGCCGUCCGAUUGAUCGGAAAUGGUUUGCCGGAUUUUCAAAUUAUCCGACUGUCGGAAAAUUGAUGGCCGGAUCUUGUUCUUCCGCCGAAAUUUGCAGGAAUAGGUUUAACUCAUCCUUUUACCCGAAAGGCAUGAGAACGUUGGCCGAGCCUAUUUUGUCGCCCUCAUCGAUACAAAACCCAUCAUUCUCGUCAUCAUCUCCUUGUCUUAUGCUGCCGCCUGCCUUCGACGUCGACGUUAGCGGCGCCGCAAGCAUCAACUACAAGUUCUACAGCCUUACCGACAACAAAAUCAUAACCCUAAGUACCGAAAAAAGCAACAAAGAAAGAGAAGAAUUAACCAUGUGGUUUAGGGGAUCUUCGCACGGCUGGCUAGCUUUGAUGUGCCCCCGAAGCCGCGAUUUGUCUCUCUACAAUCCCAUCUCCCGUCGCCAUAUACACCUCCCUUCCCUUGGCGACCUGCCCAAUUACCCCCCUAACUUGCCCUGGGCAGACAAGGUCAUCCUCACGUGCUCCCCUGACGAGGACGGACCGAAUUGCCGGGCCGUGAUGAUUUAUAAUAACAUGCGUGGGCUGGCUUUCUGCUGCCCUGGGCUCAGCAAGGAGUGGACCCGCAUCGGAGAUCACCACUGGUUUGAUGAAGAUGUGGGCUGGGCCGUCUCCAAUGGCAGCUACAUGGAUUGUGUCUACUCCCCAAGACACGAAGCAUUGUUUAGCCUCACGCAACACGGGGUGUUGGAUUCUUGGGAUCUUCGGGACCCUCAGUCACCGAGGGCCGUGAAGAUAGGCGAGGUAGUUAGUCUUAGUCACAAGAGAGCACGUCUCGGCUACCCGAGGACAGAGGAAGAGGAGAAGAAGCUGCGGGUGAUGGAUGAGACAAGGGAGCAUCUGGUAGUAGCGGGGCAGGAUCUCCUCGUGGUGACUCAGUACGUGGUUCACUCAUUUGAUUUUGAUGGAUUGUAUGUUGACAGCAGAGACCCAAAUAACUUGGCCUACGAACGAGGACUUCCAGGUGUGACUAUUGAUUUUGAUGUUCAUAAAUAUGACCCUGAGGAUAUGGAUGUUAAGUACGUGGAGGGUUCGUCUUUGGGUGGUUGGGCUCUUUUUGUCGGCUUACACAGCGAUGCAGUAGCAUUGCCAGCAGCCGAUUUCCCGGAGCUCAACCCCAAUUCCAUUUACUUCACGGAUGCACAAGAAGAUUCGAUCAUUGAGGAUUUCCCAACUGGUGGCCAUGACAUUGGCAUUUUCAAUUAUGAGAACAAGACUGUGUUGCCAUGCUAUUUUCCAUGUGAUGCUAAGAACCUGAGAAAGACUUUCCCAGCGCCUAUGUGGUUCUUCCCAAGUCGUGAAUGA